CAUUCCCCACCUCCGUUUCCCACAGCCCACCACCCGCUCCCGCCGUCUCGCUGCCGGCCGCGUCCUCGAGCACAACGGCGGCCGCCGUCUUCUUGCUCGUGCUGCUCCAGGUGCUGGAGUCCAUCUUCUUCUUGCUCGUGCGGCUCGUGCUGGCGUCCGUUUUCUUCUUGCAGAUAACGUCCAUGAAAAGAGGAGUCCCAGGCUGUUGUGCUUGUUCCAGUGGCCAUGGCCGUCCAGAUGGUCACCGUCAUGCGAGCCAUCAAAGGUGAGUCGAGGCGGCGCCCACCUUCGUCCAGGCCGACAGCGAGUCGAGGCGGCACCUCCUUCACAUGCUCACCGACGAGGACACGGCGAGCCAGGGCUCGGGGCUGUUCGGGCGGCACGCGACGACGACUGCCUUCAGGGCCGCGAAGGCGUCGUCGUAGGCCGCCGCCCGCCGGGAUGGGGUGCUCCGGGGCGAGGCGGUACUCGACGGAGAUGACGACGGCGGGGACCGCGACGGCGAGGGUGGCGACGUAGGGUACGCCGCGGUCCAGCUCUGGAUGGUGGUGCUCUUCUACCUCCUCGGCGACACCGCGUCCGAGUAUUUCUGCGCCCCCGUCGAGGGCCUCUCCGCCGUGCUGCGCCUCCCCUCUGCCGUGGCCGGGGUCACGCUCCUCUCGCUCGGCAACGGUGCACCGGACUUCUUCGCCAGCGUCGUCUCCUUCGCCACCAACAGCGCGCUCGGCGGCGCACUCUUCGUGUCCACCAGGGGCGGCCGAGGUCGUCACGCGGCGGAGCCGUCGUGGAGCUGCGCAGGUUCGUGCGUCACCUCUGCUUCCUCGUGGGCGUGCUCGCCACCGGCACGAUCACGGUCGUCGCGUCUUUCGUCUCCCUCUACGCCGCCUAGUCCUCCUCAUCCGGAUUCUCUUCACAUACUGUAGUUUCUGUUUGUUUUCUCUCAGUCCUC